AGGUUCAUCUUUUCAUCUUUUAAUCUGGUGAGUCUCGAAAUUUUUAGUCUUUAGGCUACUUAAGCAGAACAAGAGUCUCACCUAUUUACCAGAUUAAAUACAGAAGCAAGCAGACAAAAAACACCUUUGAAGUGUUUUCGCUGAAUCUCUUGUGAUUAUUUGUAGCUCCUUUCAAAAAUAUUUGCUUUGGUGCAUUUAAAUUUUGUCUCAAAUCUGCAGUGGAAAAUAUGUUUCAAAGGGGAAAAAAAAAGAAAGAAGAAAAAACCACCCAACACACUGUGAGCCCUGCAUUUAGACUCAGCCCACUGAGCAGCUGGAAGAAUUUUCGCAGACCCACCGGAGAUCCCUGGAUUCAACUAUUGUGUAAAACCAUUGAUCUAAAAACUACAUCUUGACUUCAGAACACUUCUUUUCAUCUGGAAUUAUCUAUUAUUGACCACAGAGAGCAGCCACUGACGAUUUCCUGGAACAAGGCCCUGUAUAGAGAGAGGCCUCCUGGGAUGGAUGUCACCCGCUUACUCCUGGCCACCCUGCUGGUCUUCCUCUGCUUCUUCACUGCCUACAGCCACCUGCCACCUGAGGAGAAGCUCCGAGAUGACAGGAGCCUGAGAAGCAACUCCUCUGUGAACCUCCUGGACUUCCCUUCUGUCUCUAUUAUGGCACUGAACAAGAAUUCCAAAGAGAUCAGCAGAAAAGAAGCAGAAAAGAAGAGAUCUUCUAAGAAGGAGGCUUCGAUGAAGAAAGUGGCGCGGCCCCGGACCCCCCUCUCUGCGCCCUGCGUGGCCACCCGCGACAGCUGCAAGCCGCCUGCACCUGCCUGUUGCGACCCGUGCGCCUCCUGCCAGUGCCGCUUCUUCCGCAGUGCCUGUUCCUGCCGCGUGCUCAGCCUCAACUGCUGAGCGCGCCCUCUCCCGGCCGCGGGCGGGCAGGGCUUUGGGGACGCGGGGCGCUUUUCGGGCGGGUGAUCUCUAACAGGGCGGCUUCCCAGGACUGGGGGCGGGCGGAGGUUGCAGGAGGUGGGAGUUCAGAGAGACCUGGCUUGGGCUAAACUCGAAAUACAAUAUAUAUAGGCUGCUCGAA